AUGUCGACGAAUACCAUGAGCAUGGCGACGAAGGAAAAGGACGAACUUUAUGAGCUGAUGGUGGGCGCACAAUUAGGCUCCCUGAAGGCCAUCGAAGAGCUAGGAAGGCGCUGGCCGAACGAUCCAGAAGACGGUUUUCUGGGUCUAGGAGUACUUAUCUCGCUCAUGACCGAAACUCUGGCCAGCCUACAGAUAACGACAGGGGAAAUUCUGCCCGUGUUGGCUCCGGACGUUGCUCGAACAAUGUCGGCCGUCCUCGAUAUCCUCGAUCUCCUUCUAUCCGCCCCAGGAAAGGACAUCCGUAUCGUGAGGAUGCUCAUGGUCAACCUCACGAUCAUUAUCCUGUUCCAACGGAUGUGCCGCACUCCCUACAGGUUGCUGGAAGCAAUGAAGGGGUUCCUGGAAAGUCUCGAGACCAACGACGCUUCUUCACUUCAGCAGCUCUGCGAUCCCCUCUGUUUUACAUGGAUUACCCAGCCCCUAAGCAGCGCCGACCACGACGACUACGCUGGCUAUGUGGUGUUCCUCGAAGCUCUAACCAACCACGACUUGUUCGGCAAAACCGUGAUACAAGUCAUCGAACAGGCGUUACCCCUGAUUGGACAGCGGAUGUCAGGCAACUUCCUCCGCGUACUAUCCUGCCUCCACCAGGCCUUCCUGUCUUUCCCUCUCGACAGCGAAGAACUAUCGAUGCACUGGCUCGCAGUAUUCCUCCGAUUCCACGACGCUAUCGUUCCCCUCCUCUCCGCCCAAAGUUCGGAGCUCAAGAAGCUCUUUAUCGAAUACGACUUCUUUCAGCUCUACCUUCAAUCUGCCUCGUGCAAACAUUCAGCCUGA